GCAGUGCUCAGACGGUGAGACCAUUGGAGCUUUCUUUCUUCUUUUUCAGGCGUCUGCGUUUUCCAUCAUCCUCCUUCCUUGUUUCUGCGAGACGCUCGGUGUGCGAGACCUAGAAAAGCAGUGCAAUUCAAACAUAUCAAGGUAUUUAAAGAGUUGACAGAAGUGUGAGGGUUCAAUUGUUGAAAACAGUUUUUAUUGCAGCUCGCUCAUUCAUGGAGUUGGAGCAACCCAAGCAAAUUUGCCAUCCAUCUCAAGAACCUAACCCUACUAGGGCAAAGCCCACGCCAAAGCGUUUUGUGAAAAGCCAAAUCCCAGAUUCGAUCUUAAAUGACUCAGCUCUCAAUGCUGCCAUAUCACUUCUCCCCUCAAACUACAAUUUUGAGGUGCACAAAUGUGUUUGGCGUGUGAAGUCAACUGGAGCCAAGCAAAUUGCCCUACAAUUUCCUGAGGGCCUUCUCAUGUACUCCCUUGUCCUCUCUGAUAUCUUUUCUACUUUUGCUGGUGUCUCUCAAUGCUUUAUUCUUGGCGAUGUUACCUAUGGAGCUUGUUGUGUAGAUGACUUGUCUGCUAAAGCACUUGGCGCUGAUCUCCUGAUACAUUAUGGUCACAGUUGCCUUGUACCCAUUGAUUCCACUACAAUUCCCUGCCUUUACAUCUUUGUUGAUAUUAAAAUCAAUGUUGAUCACAUGAUUGAUACUAUCAGACUAAAUCUUCAAUCCAGUGGCAAAAACCUUGUCCUUGCUGGUACAAUACAGUUUGCUUCAGCAAUUAGGGUAGCAAAACCUGAAUUAGAGAAAUAUGGGUUUAAAGUUUUGAUUCCACAAUCCAAGCCACUUUCAGCUGGUGAGGUUCUUGGCUGCACAGCACCAAAGGUUGUGUCAAAUUCAUUUGGUAGUGAGGGUGAAACUGUGGGAGUGUUUGUAGCUGAUGGAAGAUUUCACCUCGAGGCAUUCAUGAUAGCAAAUCCUAAAAUUAAGACUUUCAGAUAUGACCCAUAUUCAGGGAAAUUGUUUCUGGAGGAAUACGAUCAUGUCGGUAUGAAACAAUCGAGGAAGAGUGCAAUUGUGAAAUCAAGGGAGGCUCAGAAUUGGGGUGUAGUUCUGGGAACCUUAGGUAGGCAAGGGAAUCCAAAGAUUUUAGAGAGACUGGAAAAGAAGAUGAGGGAGAAAUGCUUCAAUUAUACAGUGGUUUUAAUGUCAGAGCUAAGUCCAGGGAGGAUCUCUCUGUUUGAAGACUCAAUAGAUGCAUGGAUUCAGAUUGCUUGUCCUCGAUUAUCAAUUGACUGGGGAGAUGCUUUUGCAAAACCAGUUUUGACUCCUUUUGAGGCAGAAAUUGCAUUAGGAAUUAUACCUGGUUGGUGGGAGAAAACUGUGGUGAAAAAUCAGGGUUUUGAAAGUGAUUCAGGUUGUUUGAAGAGUGAUUCAUCAUGCAGUGACUGUGACUGUGCAGAUGCAAAGGAAGAUUUUGGUGGAGAAUAUCCAAUGGAUUAUUAUGCACAAGACGGUGGGGAAUGGAAUUCCUCUUAUUUGAAGAAAUCUUCUCGUCCCGCAAGAAGGGUGAUUACUGUGCCUUCUAUUUCUGUUAGGACUAACUCUUAAUGUAAUGUUUGGCAUGUGGAAAAGUGUAUUUGAAAAAGGACGUGGGAAAUGCACCUAGGAAAAAAAAAAUGAAAUAAUUGAAUUUCUUAUUCUUUUUUUUUUUUGGUCUGGAAAGCACUUUUCUACGUAUCAGACAGUGUAUAACAGUUUUUAAUUUGUUAAGGACGUCGGAUUAUGAUGUAAUGUUAGUUGUUUAUUAGUUGCCAUUAGAUUU